UUUCCUCCGUUGCCUGUCUUGAAGGCAGCUGUGUGGAGCUGGCUGAUCUUGACUGACCCUGGCCUGGCCAGGGGUCUGUGGCCCUGAGAGCGCGGCCAGGGCGAGGGGGCUAGGAUGCAGUCACUGGAGGCUGGUCCCGAGGACUGGCAAGCCAGCGAGCUGGCCAACCUCUGCCCACCCCCUCUAAGCCGGGGCAGCGGGACAGUGGUGGAGUCCCCAUUGCUGGACCCGCUGCUGCUCAGCCAGGAGGUGCGAGAGCAGCUGACAGCUCACCUCCAACGGAAGCGGCUGCAGCUGCUGUGGGGCUUGCCUGGCCUGGUGCACAGCUCGCUGGAGAGGUCUGUGCCGGCCCUGCCGGGCUUCCUGGCAUGCACAGCCCCGCAGGCAGCCACCGACCACCAGAGGCCCCUUUUCAAGGUGGAGAGGCGGCAGUGCCUGGAGCACCACCUGAGGGAGAGAGCGGUGCAUCGCAAGUGGGGCCUCCCCAAGAGGGUCUGCAAAGCCCUCUGCUGGCCGCUGCCCCCUCCCGGGACACCUCUGGCCCAGGCAGCCCCACAGCAAGAGAGGCCCUCUUCGAAAGGGAGCAGCUCUCCAAAGCAACACAGUGUUUCGGCAGCACUGGCUUGUUCUGCCACGACCAUGGCAGCCAAAGGCGGCAGAAGCUGGUGGAGCCCAGAAGCGACACAGGAGCCUUUGCCACUGGCCUCGGGACUGGCACGCCUGCCUGGGAAGCAGUGGGAAGGUCUUCCAGGGACUGAGAAACGGGAGCUGGGCGGGGAUGGCCCCUGGAACAGCCUGGCCACCUUGGAGCUCCUCCAGGUCCAUCUGCCCUCAGCCACAGCCCACCCGGACGGGGCUCGGAGCCUGCCUGGGGAGGCGUGUGCUAGCGUGGAGCUCCAGCGCUGCAAGAGGCAGCAGCCAAGCUGGGGCCGGGCACCCCUUGCCCAAGGAUGUCCUCCUGCAGAGAAGCGUCCUCUUGCUGCAGCCGCCCAAGGGAAGAUGAAUCCUGAGGAAGGGGUCUGGGUCCCACUUCAGCCGGCCGGGGAUUCCCCUCGGACUGCCUGGGCCAUCACAGAUACCCAAAGAGAGCUGCCUCCACCAACCAGCAAACGGGAUCCCACCCGGCUGGAUCUGGUCCUUUGGGAUCUGACCCCAGCCUUGGUUUCCAUCACAGGUGGGGGGGAGCAGGCCCCGGAGUGCCGCCAAGAGAGCCCCCCUCUGACUGAGCGGCCUUGUUGUGCUCACUCCGCAUUCUGCUGCUGCUGCCACCAUCACCACCAGGGGGCUGCGUUGAAGCCCUGUCCCACGAGCCUCCUGGGGAAAGCUAUGCCUCACACCCCUGAGGGGUUGGGUGGGCAAACUAGUUCACCACGAGCAACAGACCUUUCCACAAACAGUCCCAGAGCAAAUCCAGGAUGUGAAAGAUUUCUUACGACUGACAAAAAGCAGUACUUCGAAUUCCACCUGCGCGAGAAGCUUCUGCAUCAGCGGUGGGGGGUGCCCAGGAGGGUGAAGGAGUCUGUGGCCAGGUCGGCCCUCCUGCAAAGCACCAUCAGGUGAGGCCCGCCCCCCCCCCCGGACCUGCCCCAUGUGACGCUGCCAAGAUGCAGGAGCUCAGCUGGCUGCAAGGAGCUUCGCUGUUCCUCGAUGCUGCAAGGAGAGGUCCAGAACCCCAUCCUCACCCCUGAGACACAGAAGUCAGAUGAGGAGCUCAAGCUGUUGUGUGAGCAGCCUGGCUAGAAGAUGGCAGUGCAAGACAGGCAUGCUCAUCAUACUGGGCUUGGACGAGUCCUCAGCGCCACUGCUUUGGACUGGAGUGCAGAUACUUUGAGCAGGAAAUAAAUAUAUUGUUUCUGAUGGGA